CUUCUUCCAAAUAUAUAUCCCUUUCCUUCUUACUCAAACUCCCUCUUCCUCUUCCUCUUCCUCUUUCGGGUUCUUUCGGGUUCGCGAUGGGACGAUCCCCGUGCUGCGAGAAAGCCCACACCAACAAAGGCGCGUGGACCAAAGACGAAGAUCAACGCCUCAUCGACUACAUCCGCCUCCACGGCGAGGGCUGUUGGCGUACCCUGCCCAAGGCUGCUGGGUUGCUUCGAUGUGGAAAAAGUUGUAGGCUUCGAUGGAUCAAUUACCUUCGCCCUGAUCUCAAACGAGGCAAUUUCACUCAAGAUGAAGACGAACUCAUCAUCAAACUCCAUAGCCUUCUUGGAAACAAAUGGUCGGUGAUUGCGGGUCGUUUACCGGGAAGAACAGACAAUGAAAUCAAAAACUAUUGGAACACUCACAUCAAGAGGAAACUCAUUAGCCGUGGCAUUGAUCCACAAACCCACCGCCCUCUCAACGAACCCACCGCCGUCACCACCCGUUUGCCUUACCGGAAUCCCAACAAUUCAUCAUCUUCCUCCUCCUCUGUUCCAACAGCAGAGCUUCCAAUUCCAAAGCCAGCAACAAUCAACGUGCAGUCAUCGGAAGUAGACGAAGAAGGCAGCGGCACGACAACGGAGAUGGAGCCGCCGCUGCCUACGGCGGAAGCCCAUGUGAAGACAGAGUUGAAUUUGGAGCUCUCAAUUGGGUUGCAGCCGUUUCAGGCGGAGGCAACAAGGGGGUCUCCAGGGAGCUCGGCGGAGUCGAGAUUGAGAGAUAGAAGGUCGUUUGGGUCGGUGUGCUUAUGCUGGCAAUUGGGAUCGGAGAACAGCGGCGGCGGCGGCGAGUGUUGCCGGAAUUGCGAGAGCUCGUAUGGGUGGGUGUUUGGGAUCCGGGCAAGUGCUCUGGGUUCUUCAUAGACGCAUUUUCACAAACAGGUUGUGGGAUAUGAGAGAAUAAUGAGAAAUGUAAGUGUUUCCCACUUUUAGGUAAAAUUAAAUUAUUGUAA